AUGCAGUUUGGUGACAUGAUUGAGAUCGACAGAGGUCGAUACAACCACUGGGCUCUGUACAUUGGAAAUGGAACGGUCAUCCAUGUGGUAGUUCAAGAAAAGCCUUCAAGAUCACGUUGCUUCAGGCUUUGCUCAUCCAGCAGCAGUCUUUACAGUAAUGCCACGAUUACAGUAGACACCUUAAAUAAUGUGGCAGGACAGAAUAGGUACCAAAUCAACAACUACUUGAAUUUAACUGCAAGGGAGGAUACCAUCAUUAAGAAGGAUGUGGAAAAGAUGAGAGGCCACACAAUACCAUACAACCUCCUUGAACGCAACUGCGAGCAUUUUGUUACUUUCCUCCGUUACGGCCAAUCAAAGUCCAAACAGGUCGAUGACUUCCUGAAUAAUGUGUUAACUGGUACUGCAGGCGUGCUUGGUGCACUGACUGCUUUUGCUGCUUCUACAGCUGCUGCAGCAAGCACACUUAGUAAAUAAUUUCUUGGGUCAUUCAUGAGUCCAUGGAGAAUGUCAGUAAUACAAAAUGUUGUGUAUUGCCUAAUGAAUAAAGGACCAUCUCAAAGA